UGGCGGCACCUUGGCGGUGUGUGGGUGUCACUGGCAUGUGGACAGGCAGCCUCCUCCUGCUGCCCUGCCCAGUGGGAGUCGUGACUCCAGCUUCCUGAGCCCCCCCCCCAGGUGGGUGGAAGGGGAUGCCGUUUCCCCGCCUCCGGCCCUGGUGCUGUCUGUUGGGACAGGGGACCAAGGCUUUUUCCCUUGAGGUGACAGCGUGUGGGGGGACAGGCCUGCACUGCGUUGUUUUCCCAGAAGGUGCCACUGAAGGCGGGAGAUUUUGGAUGACCUAGUUUUGGGGGGUGGGGGGAGGACAGGAACAAGGACUGGACCUUGGAUGGCUGACCCUCUUAUCCAGUCCUGACAUGGUGCUGGGAGGCGGUCAGAGUCUGCGGAGUCCCGCUUCUGAUGGGCUUGGGGGCACCAGAGCAGGCCCAGGGUGGAUGCCCCUGCCACCUGGCCGUCAGGGCUCUCCCUGGGACCGGCCACCAGGAGUUCCAGCGUCCAACUUCAUUGAGGGGGCGGACCCAGAGCAGUCCAGCCCCUCCCUGGACCAGGGCCUCAAAUACCCGCCUGAGCCCUGGCACCAGAACUGCUGCCCCACCAAGCAAGGAGUCUGUGUUGUGCCACAGACACACCCCCAGCCUGGAUCUCUGACCUAGAUCCUGAGCCUCGGCUGCUGCCCCAUCCGCAUCCCAGGUGAGUGAUGGAGUCGGCCUGUGUGGGGGUGCCGUGGCUGGGGAGGACUGGGCUGACCAGGGGGCUGGAUGGGAAUGGGGUGCUUGUAUUUGGGGCUCAGUUUCCCUACGAUGGAGAAGGGCCACGGUAAGCCUAGUGCACCACUGGGGAGACAUGGAGACGCAGGGAACCUCUGUGUCAAGCGUUCUCACCGGCCCCCGUGGCCCCGGGGCUGGGGCGGAGAGGGGCGGCUUGGUGUGUCUGACUCCAGAUUCGAGCUCAGGAGCGUCUCUGUCACUCCCAGCCGCCCGCUCCGCGCCAUGGGUGGGUUCCGCGCCCUAAUGGCCGCGCUCUGGGCGCUGGGGGCCGCCGGGGCCGCGGCGCUGCGCAUCGGAGCCUUCAACAUCCAGAGCUUUGGCGACAGCAAAGUGUCGGACCCAGCCUGCGGCGGUGUCAUUGCGCAAAUCGUGGCUGGCUAUGACAUCACGCUGGUGCAGGAGGUGCGAGACCCGGACCUGAGCGCCGUGUCCGCGCUCAUGGAGCAGAUCAACAGCCUGUCCAGGCACGAGUACAGCUUCGUGAGCAGCGAGCCCCUGGGUCGGGACCAGUACAAAGAAAUGUACCUUUUCGUCUACAGGAAGGACGCGGUGUCGGUGGUGGACACGUACCAGUACCCGGACCCGGAGGACGCCUUCAGCCGGGAACCUUUCGUGGUCAAGUUCUCCGCCCCCGGCUCGGCUGCCGGGGAGCUCGUGCUGAUCCCGCUGCACGCGGCGCCGCACCAGGCCGUGGCGGAGAUCGACGCUCUCUACGACGUGUACCUGGACGUGAUCGACAAAUGGGGCACCGACGACUUGCUGUUCUUGGGCGACUUCAAUGCGGACUGCAGCUACGUGAGGGCGCAGGACUGGCCGGCAAUCCGCCUGCGCAGCAGCGAGGUCUUCAAGUGGCUCAUCCCGGACAGCGCGGACACCACGGUGGGCAACUCGGACUGCGCCUACGACCGCAUCGUGGUGUGCGGCGCCCGCCUGCGCAGGAGCCUGAAGCCCCAGUCGGCCGCUGUGCACGACUUCCAGGAGGAGUUCGGCCUGGACCAGACUCAGGCCCUUGCCAUCAGUGACCAUUUUCCUGUGGAGGUGACCCUGAAGUCCCACUGAAAACCUUCAAGGCCUGGUCAGGGCCCGCUGCCUCCAGACUCGACCUGAGGAGGACUCUGGCCCCCACAGAUCUCCUUCCGGAUGGCUGGCCAAGCCCCAGCAAGCCGUGGGGCAGGGCUGGCUGGACAAGAGGCUGUGGACACAUCACAGGCCCACUCAGCCUGUCUCCCCAUCUGUAAAAUGGGCUACGACAUCUCUCCUCCUUGUGAGGAGCACCUACAGGGUGCCGGGCGCGUGGCUGUGCUCAAUAAACGGGAGUGAGCGCUUAGCCAGGA